AAUAAUGCCUUUGGGAGGGCUUCCACAUCUUUCCUUGCUCCGGACUAAGGAUCAAGUAAAAAAAGAGAGUGGGGCAGGGAUGCUUCACUGGAUUGGAUCUGUCUAGACUCACUGCUAGCAGUGAGAAAUCCAACUCCAUCUAGAUGGGUGAGAAGGGGGAUUUGUAGGAAGAUCCCUGGAGCAGCUCAAACAGUCAUGUGACUAGAUCCAAAGGCAAUGUGCCCAACCCUCCCCUCGCAGCUCCACACUCUGGGCCUGUCCUCACUGCUCUAGCGCUGGUGAAAUGAGAGCUAUUUGAGGGCUUUGAGCAGAGAAGUAGCCAACCCUUCAGAAGGUUCCCUCUGACUCCGAGUUGAGAACAAGCUGAAAGGAGGUAAAGGCAGAGGCUUGGAGGCCGCAGUCAUUCAGCCAAAAGGGAAGGAAAGAGAGAGAAAGCCACUGGAGUUGGGCAGCGUGGGAAGCUGUGAAAGUGGACAAGCAUGAAAGAGCUUCCAAGUAGUGGAAACAGCAGAAGCAAAGAUGUGAACAUGGGAAAACCUCUGCAGUAUCUGGGUGACUGUGGGGUUUGGCUCUGUUUGAGCACCUAGGGAUGACUGGUGGUGGGGUGUGGCUGAAGGUGAAUUGGAACAGUGCACUCAGAGCCAGGUUGCAAGAGUGCUGCAUGCUCCUCAGGGAUUGGCUCCGGCCAAGUGCCCCAGCCUCCUUUUCUGGAGAAUUCUGUUUUUGACUUGGGCCCCAUGUCCAGUUCUGCUCUGACUUGUGGGUCCACCUUAGAAAAGUCAGGAGACACCUGGGAAAUGAAGGCACUAGACUCUUCCAGACUCGUUCCAUGGCCACCUAGAGGCCUUGGGUCAUCCACCCAACAUCCCAACAAACCCCACUGUGCACUGGCAUCAUGCCAGGGUCCAGGUGUUCUGCCAGGAGCAGCCUCUGCCCUCCCAGAGCUGACAUUUCAGGGGGAUGUGCGCCAAAGUGAGACCUGUCAGAGAUAUUUACAAACAGCCAUCUCUCUUGACAUCGCUGUAUCCCAAAUAAAUCUUCUGGGAAGACCCUCUUCACCUCCAGCUCUCCUGAUACAGCAAGGCAGUUGUGAGCAAGUUAUUCAUAACUCUACGCCUCAAUUUCUUGGUAUGGAAGAUGGGGAUAAUGAGAGGACCACAGGAUGGUUGUGGAGACUGCAUGAGGAUAUAGAUGCCGAGCCCAGUAGCACAGGGUGCAGCCGUUCAAACCGACUGACAUUUAUUGAGGGCUGCUUUGUCAGGUCCCUCUCUACAGUAUACUCCAACACACACAUACACACACAUCUGUAAUCAAUAAUAAUCCUGCAACAUCUGAGA